CUCCCUCCCUCCCUCUCUCGGCAUCCCCAUCCCCCAUUCCGCGGUGUUCCGAACGCCGCUGCAAGCUCCAAAUCGCUGUAGUGAGAAACUAGAGCACCGACACCGUUUACAUUGCCAGUGCCAGCGAGUUUGAAGAUACCUGAACAAAAUAAGGAAUUUAGAGAGCCACACUUGUCAAUCAGACAUUGAUUUGCAUAUCCACUCCCACCUCUUCCUCAUUUGCAUACAGCGAGAAUGGCGAGCGGGCACCCCACUGACAAAUACAGUUUCAUGUACCAACCAGACACGCACAAGAGUAAGAACAGAUUAUCCAGCAGUAUGAAUCCUGUCUACAGUCCUGUUCAGCCUGGAGCUCCCUACGGUAACCCCAAGAACAUGGCCUACACAGGCUACCCAGGAGGUUACCCCACUGCUGCUCCCACCUACACACCCAACCUCUACCAAACGGGUAGUCCAGGGUACCCACCGGGAUACACAACAGCGGGUACUCCGUAUAAAGUGCCCCCCACCCAGACGAACGGAGCUCCCCCACCCUACUCCCCCUCCCCCAACCCCUACCAAACAGCCAUGUACCCCAUCAGAAGUGCCUACCCCCAGCAGAGCAUGCAGAACCUGCAGAGCAUGCAGAACCUGCAGAACUUAUAUGCACAGGCAGCAGCGUAUUAUGGCCAGCCAGUGUAUGCGGCCCAGCCCUAUGCGUAUUACACCCAGCCUGUGUAUGCUGCUCAGCCUCAGCCACAUGUAAUCCACCACACCACAGUGGUUCAGCCAAACAGCAUGCCCUCAGCCCUCUACCCCGCCCCGGUCCAAGCCCCUAGAAACAACGGAAUGGCUGCCAUGGGGAUGGUUGCCGGGACCACCAUGGCUAUGAGUGCAGGAACCCUGUUGACCACGCCUCAGCACGCUCAGCUGGGUGCUCACCAACACGUCACCAUGCCACAGUACCGGCCCCAGGGCACACCUGGUUACAGCUAUGUCCCUCCCCACUGGUAGACACCGCCCCCAAGAGAUCUGGAGUCCAACGUAUGCAACUACUCCAGUCUUACACGGGCUUCUUAUGGUCACCACGGCAACCUCACAUCUGUCUGCAACAACAAAACUAAAGAGCAACGGACACUUGCUGCAUUCUGUAGUGUUUUAUAAAAGCUGCUUUUUUUUAUUCUUUUUUUACUCAACGAUUCUUUUCUUCUCCUUUGAUUUGCCAAUAUGUCAUUGCAUUGUUUUCUUUUGUUUGUUUUAUUUAUUUUUUUUUUCUAUUUUUUUUUUUACAUCAUUUCAAUUUUUCCAUUGUCAUUGGAACUCCAGAGUGAUUGACCAAUCAUGGGUGUCUGUUGCUCUGCUUGUGGUCCGUGUUCUGUUGGUGUGUUCCAGUUCCAAUGGUGGGAAUGUACUGGACACUUCCUCCACCACCUUCAUCAUCACGCCAUCAUCAAUUUAUGCUGCCAAAUUUUCUACCGAUUAGAUGUCAGCACAGGGUUUUGAUUUCAUUCAUUUCUAUUUGUUUUAAUCCCUUCAUUUUCCUUUCCAACAAAGCACUGUCUUGGAACAGCAUACCUCUUGUUUUUCUCUUUGUUAAUAUCCUCUGUUCUACUUCUCCUUCUGAUCUUCAGUUCAUCUUCCACUUCUGAUAACAAGGGUUGUCUUCCAGCUUCUAGCUGUUUCUUAGAUCCGCUAUCUGACUGGAUCCGCUGCCUGACUAGAUCUGUAACGACUAGAUCUGCUGUGUGGCUGUAAAGACAUGGUAUGCAUCAUCACAAGGUCACAGUACUUACCAGUUACUGAAUUCAUCUCAAGAUAGAGGCCAUUUAUCAUUUAGCUUAAACUGAUAAAUUAUCAAAUGUGAAUAUAUUUAUAUAGCUGUGUGUACAGGAUGUGUGGUCAUGCACACAGUCACCCACAUACAUACACACAUA